UCCUCACAAAGUCUGUCAUAACUCCCUCUUUUACAGACCAAUCAUAUUUCUCCCCAAAACAUGCAAUUCCACUCUAUAUCCAACAAACUUGACCGUCAUUCAUUACCAUCACAGACAAAAAAACCGCCAUUGCCGACUGGUCGCUCCAUCACCGCCCCGUUUUCUCUCUUACCAGAAGAUAUAUAUUGGAGACAGAGAAACAAAGAAAAAAAUAAAAUUUACAUUGUAUCAUAAAAACGACGGUUUGAAAUUUCAUUUCCGGUGGAGGCUACUAUGGCCGACAUCAGCAGGACCAAAAUCAAGCGUUUCAAUAAUGGAGCCGAGAAGGCGAACGGAUUCGAUGACGGAGAUGGAGAUGAUACGAAGAGUGAGGACUGUGAUGUGGAGGUCUGGGAUACGCUGACCAAGAGCUUUAAGCAGGUACAGGUUGUACUGGAUCAGAAUGGGGAACUCAUCCAGAAAGUAAACGAGAAUCACCAGUCGAAGAUUCCCGAUAAUCUCGUUAAGAACGUCGGAUUGAUACAGGAGAUCAACGGGAACAUCUCCAAGGUUCUCGAGAUUUACUCCGAUUUGUCAGUCAAUUUCUCGGACAUUGUUCGUCAACGAAAGAGGAUCGGGAACGGGAAGGCGGACACUGCGGGACUUCCUUGUCUGCUUUAAUCCACCCCGCAGACGAAAAUGAGGUAUUUUUCUUCUGUUUGAAAUUUGUCUUAAUUUUUGUACUGUUUUGCAAAUUUCACUGAUUGGUUGAUGGGCGGAUAUCGUCGGGAUCAUAGCAGCAAAGCUCAUUCACAUUUUCUUAGCGGUACCAAUCUUUUAUUCUUAUAUCUUUGUGAAAAGUUUUCACUCUCUGAAGGUGAGCGGUGGACUAGGUGAGGUGGAAGAUAGAGGUGAUGGUAAAGAUAUUGGUGGUCAAGGUGAGGUAAUGGUUGCAAUGGACUAGUUUGGUGCUUUUGCUUAUGGAUAUGAAGGAGAUAUCAUGUGGUGGUUUCCGAUGAGGUCAAAGAGGACUAAUUUGGCAAGUGGUGGAGGAUUGGUUAAUGGUAGACAAGGCAUUAUCAGUACCAGGAAGACGAUAUUUAGAUAUAUUGUGCAUGUGGAAGUUGAGGGUGGUGAGGAAUAAUGUUGAGUUCAUGAGAUAAUUUUGGGAAGAAAAAGAUGUUCUUGUGGAAGUUCAGGGUGGAUGGAUGCUGAGGUCACAGCAUAAUUCAUUAAUUCUGGUUACAGGCUAUUGGUUGAGGUGGGAGCUGAAGUUUGCUGGCAACGGCCUUUUUCUUCUGGAAGUGUUCAGAAACCAGGGAGAAGGCUGAUUUUGGUGUAUAAUACAUAUAUAUUUACUUCAGCCCCACACGUUAUUCUCACCAUGUCCUCUCCUACUAUGCUACAGUCAACUUAUUCACUAAUCCAAUUCUAUGAUGCUAGACCAUGCUGUUGCGAAUUUUCUGUUCACCAAGAUCAUCCUACUUCUUCAACUGUUAUUUCUCUAAUUUGAUCUUCUUUUCGCCUAUUUAAUUGUAAUAAUGAAUCAUUUCAUUCUUCAUCA